AUGAAAAACUGUGAGAAAUAUUUCGGUUUGAUUUCACCGGAACAAGUAGUGUUAUCAUCGCCCGAUGAAAGUGUCGAACUCGGUUAUUGUAUUCCGAUCGAUCUAACAAUAUCAUCAAUGUUGAAAUUUCCACCACUUCUACUUGAGAUUUUAGAAAAUAUUCAUCGACAGCGAAUCACUGUUGACAAUAAUCCAGAUCUUAUGCUUUCAGUGAGAGAUGGAAUGUAUGGUAGUCGAUUUGAUGAAGAAAGUCUUUUAAUUCAAUUGUAUGUGGACGAUAUUGGUCUGACUAUUCCUCUUGGUGCAAAACGUGAUAGACAUAAAAUGGCAAUGGCUUAUUUUUCUUUGGAAGGCACUCCAGAUAAAUACCGUUCAAAACUUGAUUUCAUCCAAUUAGUUGCUGUUUGUGAGAGCAAGCAGUUAAAGAACAAUGACGAAGUUGAGCGUUUCUUUGCACCAAUAGUUGAAAAUUUGAACAGGUUGCAGUUAGAUGGUAUUUUAAUUCAUGGUGUCUAUCUUACAUUCUCUUUUUCCACGGUGGUUGCUGACAAUCUAUCAUCACAUUUUAUAGGUGCUUUCCAGUCCUGUUUUAAUGGGGGCUACUUUUGUAGAAGAUGUUACAUUACAUAUCCAGAGAAGAAUCUACCGAUUUCAUUAGAAAAAUUUCAAACUCGAUCAAUGACUAAUCACGAUGAUCUUGUUGAUAAAAUAGUCAAUGAUCCUAAUCGCGCAUCAUUGAAGGGGGUGACUGGACCAAGUUCCUUAAGGGAAUUAAUUGGUUUUCAUGCGGCAACAUCAUUACCCCGCGAACUCAUGCAUGACUACGUUGAAGGCAUAUGUCCGAUGACCAUAAUUUCUUUACUCAAACGAGCAUCUGCAUUGCAAAUUUUAACAUACAGUGAGAAUAUUUUUGUCAUUUUCAACUCAAUCCCAACAGAUUUUCUUGUAUAA